AUGGCUUCGACACCGAGCACACCUUCAUCCUCAUCCCAGGUUCUGUCCUUUCCACCGUUUAAUUCGACGUCGACGUCACGACUUCAAUCUCUAUACUCAGACCUCUCGAGGAAGAAGCAUUCGGAUCCAGCUUCUUUUCAGGCCGAUGUCGUGUGGUGGAAGAAGGCUCUUGAGACCAUAGUGAGCACUGGUCUCCAGGAUGGCGAUGAAAGCACAAGCAACUCGUCGAAAAGACUGAUUCUGCAGGCCAAUGCAUCUCUUAUGGACCUGGUUAAAGUUCCAAAGGUCGGGAAGCCGCUGGCAUUAGGCUCCGUGCUCGCUGAAUUACAUGCAUCUAACACUUUCAUUCCGAUAACCGACUUUAUCAACAUGAAAGCUUCACUUUACGCGACAAGCUCGUUACCUGUCCGGAUUGCUUCCUAUGUAAUUGGCAGGCCGUUGUGGUGGGCUCUGGAAACAGCAGGCAUUGUGGGCGACGAGGGCAUCCUUGGGUCAAGCAUGAGGGAAAGGAACAGAGGCACUGCGUGGUACGGGGAAUACGUCCUGGUGCCCCUGGUAGAGAAGGCCGGGAAUGCGAUCAUCCAGAUGCAGGAAGAGGCGGGGGCUGGUCCAGCAGAUGCCUUGUACAGUUGGUCAGGCUUCAGCAAGACCUUUGCUAGUGCUAUAGAAGGAGGAUCCCAAGACCAGCUGCAUAAAGACGACGUGAAGGUGUUGUUGAAGUUCCUUGAAAGGGAUCGGGGUGUUUUGGUCUAUGACAAAAAUGUAAUAAAGUUUGUCGACCCCAGUGGGCCUUCAGAGGAACGAACAAUCACAGCAGUCGACCGGGGUGUGUUAGAACUCAAGAAUGCCGUAGAGUCUGUUCGUACUCAAAUAGACGCGCUCCAACGUAAGAUGGACAGGUGUACGAGGGAUGCAUCAGCAGCAUUGAGGCAAGACCGCAAAGCUAUCGCUCUGAACCAUAUACGGUUACGGAAGCAGCUUCAAGAACUCCUAACUAAACGACUCAGCUCUUUGAGUACGCUCGAGAGUACAUUGCUGACUGUCGAAGCCUCCAUGGGUGACAUCGAGAUCAUGAACUCAUACGAGGCCUCCACCGCUACAUUGAAAUCUAUCCUCACACAUCCCUCGUUACAGCGCGAGAACAUCGACAAGACAUUAGAGGCUCUUGCAGAAGCUAAUGCCGAUGCUCGCGAGGUCAAUGAGGCUGUCCAGAUUGGAGGCGACGUCGCUGUGGGCGCUGCUACGGACGACGAUGUGGAAGAGGAAUAUGAAGCUUUAUUGCGGGAAAUGGAGACCAUCGAGAUCGACGAGAAGUUUCUGGAGUCUCGACGGAGAUUGCAGGAAUCUGAAGCACCUCAGCAUCGUCCUGUGUCUCAACAGCAGGGAAAACAAGAGAGGACGCCUGUUCUGGCUGCUUAA